GUUAACCCCAGAGCUUUUUGCACCCCACCCCCCUGCUCCCGCCCAAGGUUCCUAAAAAAGAAAGGUGUAAAGUUUGGUCCAGAUAGGGAAUGAAUGAUCAAAGCCAAGCCGAUACUUCCUGUUGCCAGGACACUAUAUAUAACGUGAUGAGUGCACGGGCUGCAGAGAAGCACCAGAGCGCUCGCCCAGCCGCCGCCACCGCCUCCCAGCGCCUGAGGUUUCCCGGGGACCACAAUGAACAAGCUGCUGUGCUGUGCGCUCGUGUUCUUGGACAUCUCCAUUAAAUGGACCACCCAGGAAACUUUUCCUCCAAAGUACCUUCAUUAUGACCCAGAAACCUCUAAGCAACUGAUGUGCGACAAAUGUCCUCCUGGCACCUCCCUAAAACAGCACUGCACAGCAAGGCGGAAGACCGUGUGUGCCCCCUGUCCUGACCACUACUACACAGACAGCUGGCACACCAGUGACGAGUGUCUGUACUGCACCCCAGUGUGCAAGGAACUGCAGUACGUCAAGCAGGAAUGCAAUCGCACCCAUAACCGCGUGUGUGAAUGUGAGGAGGGGCGCUACCUGGAGCUAGAGUUCUGCUUGAAGCACAGGAGCUGUCCUCCUGGAUUUGGAGUGCUACACGCAGGAACUCCAGAGCGAAAUACAGUUUGCAAAAGAUGUCCAGAUGGAUUCUUCUCGAAUGAGACGUCAUCUAAAGCCCCCUGUAGAAAACACACAAACUGCAGUGCAUUGGGGCUCCUUCUAACUCAGAAAGGAAAUGCAACUCAUGACAACAUAUGUUCUGGAAACAGUGAAUCGACUCACAAAUGUGGAAUAGAUGUAACCCUGUGUGAGGAGGCGUUCUUCAGGUUUGCUGUUCCUACAAAGCUUACCCCUAAUUGGCUCAGUGUCUUGGUAGACAAUUUGCCUGGCACCAAACUAAAUGCAGAGAGUGUGGAGAGGAUAAAACGACGACACAGCUCACAAGAACAGACUUUUCAGCUGCUGAAGUUAUGGAAACAUCAAAACAAAGACCAAGACAUGGUCAAGAAGAUUAUCCAAGGUAUCAACCUCUGUGAAAACAGUGUGCAGAAGCAUAUCGGGCACAUGAACCUCACCUUCGAGCAGCUUCGAAUCUUAAUGCAAAGCUUGCCCGGGAAGAAAGUCCCGACAGAAGACAUCGAAGAAACAGUGAAGAUGUGCAAAUCGAGUGAGCAGAUCCUGAAGCUGCUCAGCCUGUGGAGAAUUAAAAACGGUGACCAGGACACCCGCAAGGGCCUGAUGCACGCCCUGAAGCAUCUCAAGACGUACCACUUCCCCAAAACCGUCACACAGAGUCUGAAGAAAACCAUCAGGUUCCUGCACAGCUUCACCAUGUACAGACUCUAUCAGAAGCUGUUUUUAGAAAUGAUAGGGAACCAGGUCCAAUCAGUAAAGAUAAGCUGCUUAUAACUGGAAGCGGUCCUUGGGCUGUUUUUGCUCACCAUGGACCAGAUCCAAUGAAUGACUAAACUGUUUCUCAGGCACUGGGGGCAGGG